UCAUUUAUUGAUUUUGAAACGUUAUUUGCCCCAAUCUCCAAAAAGAUUCAGUUAUGCGCGGUUCGAUAUGAAAGAAAAGAAAAUCGAAAUGGACGAAUUACACACCUGGCAUGAAGUUCCUGCCAUCUCUUAUUACUUUCAUGUAUUUAAAGAAUCAUUUGAUUUAAUUGAUUUUGAAAUCGAGGAUUUUGAAGAGUCAUUGUUAGCUGAUGGCUCAGAAAACAUUUCAAGUUUUAUUCCGGAUUUGGUUGUUCGAUUGCUAAGGGGGUUUUAUAAAACAAAAGAUGGUCUGCAAAUUACACUGGAAAAUUAUAAUCACUACCUAAAAGAUCUGUUAGAUUUUCAUUACAAGAAAAAACAAAACAUAGAUAAUCCUGUUGAAAAGAAGGAUUUCAAAUAUCUGAAUGCAAAAAUUAAAGUGGAAGUUUUAUUAUCUAUGUGUAAUUGGCGAUUAGAAUUAGAGGAUGCCAUGGAGUUGACUAAGAACAUUGAUUCUGAUCAUAUGAGAAUUGAUCCAAUUGGUACAGAUGUUGAUGGAAAUGUAUAUUGGUAUUUUUAUGGAACUCGGUUAUAUAAAGAAAGUAAUUUUCCAAAAAUGGAAUCAGAAAGUAUUAAAACUAAUCAUACUACACCAACCAAAACAAAAAGUGGAAGACCAGUUCGAAAAAAAGCAAAAAUUGAUGCAACUAAAAAUUGUAAAAACAAGCAACCUGAUUUAAACAAUUGUAUUGAUACUUUAAGUUCAACAAACAAAACAUGGUCUCUUCAUUGUUCUACUCUACAGGAUUGGGAUGACUUCUUGAAAGAGCUACAAAGUAAAAAGAAUAAAAAAGAGAAAGAACUGUUAGAUGCAAUUGUUGUCCUUGAUGUAACCAUAAAAAAACUAUUUAAAGAAAAGGAAGCAUUAUAUAAUCGUAAGAUGUUAUUGAUGGCUCCACGGAGAUGUUCUGAUAGAAUUACAAUGAAAAUGAAGAUUAGAGAAGAAGAAGAAAAAAUUCAAGAAGAAGAAAGACUACUUAAAAGUUUACAAAAAGCUAAAGAACUAGAUGAAAAACACAAACAAGAAAAAGAGGAAAGACUGAAAGAACGCAAUAGGCGAAUAUUAGAAAGAGAAAAGCUUCUUGAGGAGCGAGCAUUGCGUGUUAAGCAACGAGAAGAACUAAAGUUGAAUUUAGAUAAUCCUGAUCUUUUACAUUCUACCCGAAUAACAGACAGCGUGUCAAGUAGUAAUAAAAAAGUUGUGUAUAGCGAUGAAUCUGACUCGGAGCAAAAUGAAAUGCUUUAUUCAAUGGAGAGAGUUGUUCAUGCAAUGCUGGAUCACAAUGACUCUUGGCCAUUUAAAGAUCCUGUUGAGGAGGAAGAUGCUCCAAAAUAUUACACAUAUAUUAAGCAUCCAAUGGACCUGAAUACAAUAGCAGAAAAAAUUAGAAAGAAGGUGUACCAACAAAAAAGCGAGUUUGAAAAUGAUGUUCAUCUUAUCUUUGACAAUUGUGAAAUAUAUAAUGGGACCACAAAUUCAUUCACUAAAAUGGCAAUGAAGCUAAAAAACGUUUUUCUUAAACAUAUGAAAAAGGAAUUUCCUCCAGAAUUAGAUGAUGACGACGACAACUUUUUCAUUAGUGAUGAACGAACACCCAAGUCUAACAGAACUAAAAACAAAAAAAGCAUUAACAGCAUGACUCAAGAGCAAAAAAAAGUAAUUACACCUGUUACUGCUACUUACUUAAUAAAUGCAUUAAGUACAGGUUUGUCAUCUAAAUUAGUUCAAUCUGGUUUAAAAACAGCAACAAUAUGUCAAGACAGUAAACCUUUCACUAAUGGUCUAAACAGUUCUACGAAUGCAAUGCACCAAGAAACUGGGGGCGUUACUCGCCACACUGUUUACUUAAAUCAAAAUAAUGAUUCGUUAUUAAUGAACCCACUACACCAAUUGGCAGAUACAGCUUUGGCUCCAUUACAAGCAAACUCAAAAGUAGUUUCGAUAAACACCCUUUUGAAAAGUAAUUCACAUCCCUAUAAUCUUGUUCCUGUAAAACAACAAAUAGGUGAUUUGACGCCACGUAUUAGCACUGAAUCAGCAACUGUUCGCGGCCGACCGCGUAAAGCUCUUGUUGUCACGACAACGACCGCGUCAAAAAAUAGUUCUGUGUCUUUGCAAUCCCCGCAGUCAGAUUCAAACAACGUAUCUAAAUCGCACCCAACUACAAUUACUUGGAAUGAUCUUAAAAGACAGCUUAUGUUGCAAAUGAAAAGUGCAGGAGUAAAUAUCGCAGCUGAUUCUCCCAGAUGGGAACAAGUGAAAGAGCAAAUUAUGACGCAAAUGAAUGGGCUCGGUGGUAACAUCCCAAAAGUAAUAUUUACUCAACCUUCACAGCAACUUAUAAAACCUAGUCCGAUAAUUAACAAUAUAACCUCAACACCAAGUGGUCAAAUGCUUUUGUUUUCCAACGUUGUAAAAUCAAGAGAGGUAAUUACGCCUGCGACACCACCGAUCGAUCGAUCCACUUUUCCCAUUCUAACGCAGAUUGAUCAUGUUGCUCAGCCCAGUCAUUCCAAAGUAGAAAGCUGGUUAAAUUCUACUCGCGAGUUCAUUGGAAAAGAUUCGGAAAGUGCAACUAGCUCACCUCAAUCUUUUCACACUUCGUUGCCUAUAAUGAGCUCUAUGUCAAAUCCAGUUCGCUUACUUCCAGAUUCGUCGAGUUUUUUAAGAAAUCCUUUUGUUAAUCCUGUAGAUAAUCUGCGAACCAAUAAUAACGGUCAUUCUUUACCUGCAUCAAUUAAGUCUAUUAAUGAUCUUCAAAAGGCAGCGCAACAGGUUGUUGCAAUAAAUCAGAUUAGUUCCAAGCUUCAAGAACACCUUGGUAAACCUGUUGAUUUGAAGUUUGCAACGUCAGCUGUCACAUCGCGAGAACUUCGAAUUUCUUCGCCUAGUUUUAACCAGACUUCCAAUGGGUUGGAUUUAAAAAAGCAGUUAAAAAAUAUUGCAACCGCAAAAUCUGAAAUAAAUGUUUGGAAUCCACAGGAUAUUUCUGUUGUGAAUCAGCUUAUCGAAAAAAAAGUAACAAAAUCUUUACCCAUCGUUUUCCAUCCGCUUGGUCAUCACUUAAGUACAACAUCUUCAACUUUAAUUGGCUCCUCGGCAUUAAGUAAUGCAUCUUUUAUAACGACAACCACCAGACAGUCUGUUGUUUCUAAAUCUCUAUCAGUGUUUUCGUCACAUCUUAAUACAAAUAUUUUUGAAACUGCUAAUGUUAUGCCAGUUUCUCGAAACAUUAGUUUGUCUCAAGCGCAAGAAGCAAACAAUUCGCAUCAUAUUUUCACAAACAGUCCCCAACAUUUCACACCAAAGAUAAACAAAACACCUGUUUUAAUCGCUCCUUUGUCUACUGGUCAACUACGUUUAAAUAUAAAUGCCACAAAUUUUAUCAAGUCACCAAAUAAUGACCAGGUAGCUCUUUCUAGUACCAGCAAUCAUUCGUUUAUGCCACGAGUUUCCUCUAAUAACAUAGGAACAAAUAACAAUCCUUUAAAAAAGUCUGAAGGGAUACCACAAACAAAUAUUCUACUUACUACAAACUCUUCUGUUGGGGUGUUUCCCAGGUCGCAAAAUGUAUCAUUAAUUUCAAAUACAAGCACUGUAAACGACUCACAUCAUCUUUUGAAUGGUGUUUCUAAGUAUGAUAGUUCAACCGCAAAAAGUUUUAUAAAGUUAGCACCAACAUAAUAUAUUGCAAAUAUUAUUCGUUUUUGUUACCCUAUGUCUUGUUCGCGUAAAUAACUUUUUCUGUAGAUGUAUAUUGACAUUUUUAUUGUAUGUUAAUGUUCGAUAGAUGUUUUUAAUUUUUUUUGUUUGUUUAUUUUGUUUUACUUGUACAAAGUUUAAAUAUU